AUGCCAUCUUUCAAAGCUUGUGCUCUUCCGCUCAUACUCUUUGUCCUUGCUUCUCAAUGCAAUGCAAAGCAGGUCUCAACGCUAGUUGUAAAUCUUGAGUCUGGAUGGCCAAUUUCUGAACACUUUUUUGGAGUAUUUUUUGAGGAGAUUAAUCAUGCUGGAUCUGGAGGGAUAUGGACAGAACUCGUAAGAAAUAGAGGUUUUGAAGCUGGAGGCACAAAUGUUCCUUCAAGUAUUUUUCCCUGGUCAAUUGUUGGAAAUGAAUCAACUAUUCAUGUAGAAACAGAACUUGCUUCUCCAUUUCCCCGUAAUAAAGUUGCUGUGAGAUUGGAUAUCCUUUGUGAAUUUCCUAAGAAUUGCCCAAAAGGUGUUGGCCUCUCUAACCCUGGUUUCUGGGGCAUGUCUAUUGAAGAAGGGAAGAAAUAUAAAGUGGUCUUCCAUGUUCGAGCAUUAGGGCCAAUUGAUUUGAAAAUCUCAUUCAAAGGAACACUUGGCCAAGAACUAGCUUCUACUGAUAUAAGGGCAUCUGCAAAUGUCGUUUCAAAGUGGAGAAGGAUGGAAACUAUUCUUAAAGCCAUUGGAUCAGAUUUUAAUUCUAGUUUGCAAAUUACAACCACCAAAAAGGGAGUGAUUUGGUUGGAUCAAGUCUCAGCCAUGCCCAUAGACACUUACAAUGGACAUGGUUUUCGAAAGGACUUAUAUCAAAUGGUGGCAGAUUUGAAACCAAAAUUUUUUCGAUUUCCAGGUGGUACCUAUGUUGAAGGAGAAAAAUUAAGAAAUGCGUUCAGGUGGAAAGAAACUGUUGGACCUUGGGAGAAUAGACCUGGCCACUUUAAUGAUCCAUGGGACUAUUGGACCGAUGAUGGUUUGGGUUUUCUAGAAAUGCUUCAACUUGCAGAAGACCUUGGUGCAUUGCCAGUGUGGGUGUUUAAUGCUGGAAUUGCUCGUCAAGAAGAAAUCAAUACAACUGAGAUUGGUCCUUUUGUGCAAGAAGCUCUUGAUGGUAUAGAAUUUGCUAAAGGUCCGACCACAUCAAAGUGGGGAAAGAUUAGAGCUUCUUUGGGACAUCCUAAACCAUUUGAUUUACGAUUUGUUGCUGUUGGAAAUGAGGACUGUGACAUGUAUAAUUAUCAAGGAAAUUAUCUUAAAUUCUAUAAAGCCAUCAAGCAUCGCUAUCCAGAUAUGCAAAUAAUCUCAAAUUGUGAUGCCACCAUAAAACCACUAGAUCAACCGGCAGAUUUGUUUGAUUUUCAUAUUUAUACUACUGCUGAGGAUAUUUUCUCAAAAUACAACAAGUUUGAUUCUGCUAGACGUAUUGGCGCCAAGGCUUUUAUUAGUGAGUACGCUGUAUGGAAAGAAGAUGCUGGAUUUGGAUCUCUUUUGUCUGCAUUAGGAGAAGCUGCAUUCCUUAUGGGAUUAGAAAAGAACAGUGAUCUUGUGGAAAUGGUCUCUUAUGCACCACUUUUUGUAAAUUACAAUGACCAAAAAUGGAAACCAGAUGCAAUCGUGUUUGAUUCAUAUCGGAGCUACGGAGUUCCUAGUUAUUGGUUGCAACAACUAUUCACACAAUCAAGUGGAGCGACAUAUGUUAACUCAAAACUCAAAGCCCCAUCUUCCAUUGUAGCAUCAGCAAUUGUUUGGCAAGAUUACGCAAACAAAAGGAGUUAUUUGAGGAUUAAGGUUGUGAAUUUUGCUAACCGAGCAACGACUCUAAGUAUUAAAAUUGAUGGCUUGGAUCCCGAUGUGAAUCUCUCUGGGUCAACAAUUACUUUGCUCACUUCUGGCAAUGUCAGAGACGAGAAUAGCUUUUACAAUCCUGUUAAGGUUGUACCAAUGAAAACCCUAUUGGAGAAUCCUCAGCCAAACAUGAACAUCACGAUUCCUCCAAUUUCAGUGAUAUCAAUUGACUUCCCAAAAUGA